UUGUCAAGCGUCACUUUGAAGCAACGUUCAUAACUGACGAACGUUUGGUCUUCUCAUCGAGUGGGAAUCAGUGUUUUUAUCGUUUUUUUAUCAGUUCCCACCGUUUUAAAGUGUUAAUAUUGUUAAUUGUUUGUAACUGUACCUACACCCUGUUCGUUUAAAUUGUAGUUCACCCGUUUUCUGGCAUAUUUUAGAGAAAAAAGCGCAUCAAAACACGCAUCUCCAGAGUGCUGUCAAAGAGAGGGUACCGCGAGUAGCAAGCAAUGCCAACGUCACGCAUACACUCUCAAACCGCGUUCCGUUGCGUUCCAAAACUGAAUGCGAAGCGAACAUGAAAAAAAGGACACACAGAAACAAGAGCAGCGUAAACAUUUAGCAAGUGUGCCUGUUUCGAGGAGGAGAAGCAUAAAGCAUCGUAUCUUUAGGAACGUCCUAUCCGUAGCAUGUGCGUGCAUCGCCUAAGGUGUGUUAAAGCGUGUUUGAACUGAACCGUUGCUGCACAUGCUUAUCUUGUAUCAGCGAUCGUGAACGCGCAAUUCGAGACAGCUGCGUGGUCUACGGACGGGGAAGAGAACGAGCAUCAUGUCUGUCGGCGUGACCGUGCACGAUGUUGUUGAAAUACCGUCGCCGAUGGUGUCGAAUCCGUUGGCCGAUCUGGAAAAUGUCCGCAAGAUUGCCAACGAAAAGCUACGCAUCCGUCGGCUGGUACAGGUCCGCCAACAGUCCAAACAGCUAGCAGCAAAAGUGCGCCAAAAUUAUCAGCAGGCAAAGGAGAAAGAAUUGGCCAAAAUUGAGCAAACAAAGCGUGCAGAAAUGAAGGCCUGGAAGCGGCAACACAUUCGCACCCUGCAGGAUGAAUAUGCACGCAACGUGUGUGAGGUUGGUGAAGCGCACCGCGCAGCCGAAGCCGCCGAGGAGUGUGCGGUUUGGUUUGAGGAGAAACGUGCCACUCAACAGGCGGUCGCGAUGCAGCGAGGACGGGUGGCGGAAGCGCACGCAGCCCACGAACGGGACCGUAAGGAGGCACAGAAAGAAGCGAAGCGACGGAAAAAGCCAUACGUACCAUCGAAAUCGAUUGCCGUACAAGCAUCCAUUCCAGUCGUUGAACCACCGGCGGUGGACGUUGUGGAUGCACGAAAAGAUGCCAUUCCACUUGAAUGUGGAUCGUCUACCGAUCCCACACCUAGCCCGUACGAACACUUCCGGUCGAGUAGGCAUCGUAUGAACUUACACACGGUCCCCGAAACCGUUCUGUCCGACUCGGACGACGAACAGUACUGCCCAGGUAAAGAGAAUGUCCCUGCAGCCGGGGGACAUGAGUACAGUGCCACUGCCUUCACCUCUCCGAGCGACUUUCGACUGAACGUCGUAACGCCCCCAUUACCGCCAAAGCCACAACGGCUACAACCAUUCACCCAGAUCACGGAACUGAUCCAGCAGAGACGUCGACAACAACAACAAUACCCCUUACACGAUGCGACUCGACAACCGACCGAUGUAUACCGCGAACCUUACGCGACACAGAAAACGGUCCAGUUCGAUGAUAUAAGUGAUAAUACACUUUCCUUUCCCACAAACUCAGUUUUGCCGAGUGACGAGCGUCCGUUCGCCCCGCACGUAGCGAACGAAUCGCCACGAAAAGUUCCACCCCGAAAGAUGGCCGAAAAACCAAGAAUUGUUCCGACAGCACAACAGGGGAAGGGUGCUAACAGAGGUACGGUGGGAAGGGGAGUGGCCCCACCGGAAUCCAGCUCGUCAGUAGUGUCGUACGCGGACGGUGUGUGUAGUACGAAGGUGCAAUACUAUGACUGUAACACAAAGUAUCGCAAGGAGUACGAUCAACCGGUUGGGUUUGUACAGCGCGAACAGUACCGUUCGGAUGAUCCGACCGGGAUGGAGGAAGCGAAUCGCUACGAACAGCUGCAACAGGAGCUGGCAAAGGCACGAAGCGAACCUUCGGUGGACCGCACGAAGCCGGCGCUAGAAAAGCAACAAACGAGGAAAGAUUAUGAAAAGCUUUCGAAAGAAUUGGACAACCUGACGCGUACGGAAAAUAAGCUAAAAAGUUUAGCGGUUCCCGCAAAAACUGUGCCUUCGGAAGCCACGCUGAAGCAGCAAGCGGCCACACGCCAACGGAAAGCGAACGAAGCGAUCGAAAGCUUACUUCGACAGCGAUCGCUCGUAACGUGUCCAGUUGUACAAAUACCGACCGAACCACGCCAUCAUCCACCCGCCGUUCGACCAUCGGUAGUAAAUGUGGCGGAAAUGAGAGCGCAACAGCAGGGCAAAGAUGUUUCCACCGACAGCUGUGCCUCGAUCGUGCUGGACACGUUCGAGCGUCCGGGCAUUCCGUUGCCUCCGUCGGAAGCGAACGGUGGCGGGGAGGAUAAAAUAGAAAAGCUUAAGCAACUGUUGGACCAAAUCAACGAGCAGCGACAAGCGCUUACGGAAGAGAUCGCUCGCGAAAGGGUGGAACAAGCGACUAAAUCGAUGGCCAACGCGAAGGUUAACACAACCGCUGCCACCAAACUGGAAAUCGAACGGCUCGAGCGCAUGAAACGGCGGCAGGAAGAGUUGCUCGAACAGCAGCAACUGUUGCAGAAGCGUGAGCAAGAGGUAGAAGAGUUGGGGCGCCAGCUGGAGGAGAAGAUGGCUGUGCUGCAGCGAAAGCAACAAAAGCAACAGCAGAAAGAUGCGAAAAAAGCAACCACCAAACCGAAGGUGCACAUCGAGACAAAGGGCCACAAAGGGACGAUCGAUGUGGACGUCGUUGAACCUUCGUCCGUCGGGAGCAGUAUCAGCGAAACCAGCAAGGAUUCGUACGAAUCCGUCGCUGGACAAGCGCACGCUACACAACCUCCACCGGUAAAGAUUAUCAUCACCGUAAACGAUAAGGGAAAGGCUUCGUCGAAAGGUAAGCAGAAGGGUAAAGCCGCCAAGGAGAAGGAGCAGAAGACGGAAAGUGCAGUACAACAACCACCGGUAACGGUGGCGCAGGAACCCACCCGGACCGAGAUCUUAAAGCCUCUCGCAAGCCGGAAGGAUGCGGCAAAGGUGCCCAAGAGGAAGGUGAUGGACUUUUCGCCGGGAAGUUCCUCCACAACGUCAACCAUUUAUCGGCCGUUGCCACCGAAGAUUGGCAGUUUGAAGAUUCUGCAGCGGGAAGCACCGGGAGCUGCGAUCGCUCCCGACGACGGUUCCAAAGGAACGUCCGGGCAGAAGUAUAACCUGCAGAAGAAAGGUGAUGAGCGAAGCGUUGUUGCUAGCAGAAAGGACCGCAUACCGAGCAACGAUGCGACGAAUCUGAACCCCAAUCUGCUCAAGUACAUUGUCCGCUUGCUCGGCAUGUCACGGCAGUCGAUCGAUCAGCUUGGCGUAAGCUCGACGAGCGUUUCCACACCCAACGCAUCGGUCGUGAACGUUAGCAGCAAUAACGCCGGCGGUCAACCGGGUCCGCUUGCCCCGAACGAGGAGGAAAGCGAGCGCGCCACACGGUUGAGGAAGUUUAUCGAUGAAAAUUACAACUUUCUGCAGGAAAUCGACGAAACGCUGCGUCGCUCAUCGACGGACCAGUCUACGCUGGGUAGCAGUGGCGAACGGAGUGGUCUGUCGGUGGAUGCUGAAGUGAGCCGUGUGGAAGGCAUAUGGAUGGAAACGCUACGUCGGCGAGAGCGGACGAUGAAGAAGCAGCAAAGGAAAGCCCCUCCGGAGGGCAUCGAAGAGCGGUCACGUGCGAAGGAAGAAGCGUCCAAAAAGCAAAGUGAUAAAGCGAAACCCGUUCAACCGGCCGAACUGCGGGCUGCUCCUAUUGAGCCGCCAGCAGUGCAACCACCACCGACACCGGUACAAGCACCGGCAGCAGCAGCAACGAUAAAGGAAGGCUCUUUGAAAUCCAUUUUAAAAUCCCCCAAACGGGACACGUCCGCCAAGGUGGCAAAGAUCAUUACACCCCAAGGCCACGUCGAGGUGAUCAACUUGAGCGAUCGCGAGGAACAAGAAAUUCUGGAACGCUACUCCCAGCUGACGGAGCGCUGCAGCCAGCGCAUCACGGAACUGUCCCAGAUGAUUAAUCAGGUGCGCGAAGAGAAGCGUCGCCUGAUCGAGGACAGUCUCUCAUCGUUGGAGCAGCAAGAAUCAUCGACCAAGUACAUGGAUCUGCCCCCGACGAUCAAUCGUCCGACGGCAAUUGCUGCCACACAGCCACCGAAUGUUGUAGUGCCCUCACCACCACCGGCAGGACAGUCCGCUCCUAGUGUCGUUCCACCACCACCGGUCGGAGAUGAUCCGGUCAGUGAGGAGAUUGACAACAUUUUCUCCUCCAAGCAGAUCGGGCUCAGUAAGGACAGCGGUAUUGCAAUGUCUCGCCCGCUGACGGCGUCCGACAUACGGGAAAGUCCUUCCGAGGAAGGUAGCCAAGGGAAGGAACCGCUUCCGUUUGAACCAUUCCUGAAAGACAUUCCGAAGCCACCGCCGCCGGCUACUUCUUCGUCCGCUGGUGGGGCACAGCUAGAGGGUGGUGGUCCAGGUCCGAAAGCAUCACUUCGCCGCAGCACCCCACCGGUUGCGAUUGCCCGGUUCAGCCCACAGCUGCCGGAUGAGCUUCCGAUGCACGAGCUGUCCACGAUCCCGGAAGUGGAAACACCGGCCCCGCCCGUAGCUACCUCGCGUGGGAACGAUCUUUCCGCGGUGUCUGUAACGGCGGGAGAAAAUACCAGCACGGCCGAGGUACUUGCGGAAGCUCGCAAUCGAUUGCUGCUCAAUGAAGCGACCGUCCCUGACAUUGGAUACGAUCGCUUUCCGAACUACGAGGAGUACGUGCGGAGUACAGCGUCCGGCACGGGAACGGGCACAGCGUCCUUCGUGCGCCUAGAGCUAGAGCAAACGGUGGAACCGAACGAAAAAUCUACCUUAGGGCUAGACGUGACGGAAGAGCGUGAACCGGGCCGAUUAGCGUACAGGAAAUUCCCCGGCCAAGCACCAGCCUUCGAUAUAACGGAAGAAGGCGAAGCGACGCUACGGCAAUCGUCAUCAUCGACCGGCCGGUCCACUGUGAACAAAUCCGGUUCCGACACCUCGCUUCCCGAUGUGGUGGCCGAACUGCGCAAGUGGAACAUCAUCGUCAAACCGUUCCACAACUCGCUGGACAACUCGAACCGAUCGACUCCGCUCUCGGAAACGCAAGAUGCGCAAGCACCAGCCCAGCUGCCUGCCGGGGACAAGCAGCCCCGUAAUGCGGCAGCCGACCUGCAACCGUUGUCCGAAUCGUUUGAGCGCGAUCUGGAAAAGGCCGGAUUUCGGUGGGCCUCGUCCAUGCUGAAACGGUCCUCCCAGCUCGAACAGCACUCGAGCGGAUCGUCACCCAGCUCGCUGGAAGCGAAGGUGAUCGGUCCGAACGAUGAAACCGUCGAAAAUGCGGAUACGGACAGGCUAGGUAAACCGCUCGAUCUGGCCGAAUUUAUCACGCGCCAGCUGAUGGUCCGUACCCAGUCGGAUCUACAAUCGAACUCGUCCCUUUCGUCCAGCUCGCACGGUGGUGGCUCACACAGCACGCUGUUACGGUCGCUGCUGAACUUGAGCCGGCUGGACAGCAGCAAUUCCAACGCGAGUCCACUGCGCGAGCUGCUGAUGCAUACGCCAACGGAUGGGAAAAGCAUUCAGCGCACGUCUACACCGGUGGCCAGUAAAUCGACCGCUAGCGGGAAUAGCUUUAGGCCGGGCGGGCACGGUAAUACCGAUCCGACCGUCACGAAUAAUCGUACCGAGACCCAGGGACUGUUUUCGGGUGAAUCGCGCCUAUCGUCCGUACAUUGGAGUUCGUCGUCGGGAAACUCAUCUGACCGGCAGCAGGAACCACCGCAGCCCCAUCGGCUGACCGUGCCUGAUGUACGAUUGGAACGACAGUCGUCCGUGUCGAACCGGGAUGGAAAGUAAAAAGGAAAGGGGACAUUUUUUUUAAUGCAAAGUUUGGUUCAAAAACUGUUAAUGUAGGGUAGCAUCGAUCUGACCCGUGAGCACUGUUAAGAACUGUUAUAAUGUAUUAGCUGGAAUGAUUGGUUUUAAAAUCUAUUUAUAGUGUUGCGAUUCAUUCUGUUACCGUUUAGAAUGCAUCUUGUUUUACGUUUUAAAUAGGACGAAUUAUUAAAAGCGAUCUUUCUUGCGAAUAGUGACAUAAACGAUAAUAAAUAAUAUAGUGGAACGCACCUAGACAAAGUGUAGCAAAGUA